UAAUGGCGUGUUGGAGAAAAAGGACGGACGGACGGACGGGGAUAACACAGCCACACAGAGAGAGAUAGAGAGAGAAAAAAAGUGGGUCUUUCGAUCUGCCAGUCUGCAAUCUCGGAGCAAUUCUCGGACCCAACACCCACGUUGUCCUCCCUCGUUGUUCAUGAGAGAGAAAGCCACACACACAGAGAGAUAGGGAGAGAUAAAUAGCUGUCGUUGGGGGGUGGAUGAAUGAGAAACCCGCCAUCUCUCCUCUCUCUCUCGAUUGACUCGGCAGUCCUCAACCUCGCCCACUUCUCCGAUCUCUCCCCGCUCCCCGAUCACGUCCUCCUCGAUCUCAUCUUGAGGACAUUGAGAGCUGGAAAGCUGAAUGAGAAGGUCCUGAAGCUCUUCUUGGCAACAGGAAAAGAUGAGGUUCUUGCAUUCAUCAAGACUCUGAAAAUUCGUCCUGUCCUCGAUCCUGUCCUUCCUACGAGGUGCUCUGAAAAAUUUUGAUAUUGGGGAAGUUCAAGAACUCUCGUUGAGAUCUAUAAGCAGCUGGUUUUGAGGUCUGAAACUUUUGUUCAUUCAUUGCUUGACUUGGUUCUGGAAAUAUGUCUCAAGCAAGCAUCAAGGAAAACGAGGUUGAUAUUGUGAUUGGAGCGAUCCAUCCUGACCUCACAUCCUUCAUGAAUGGAUGGAGAUCAGUUUUCUCCCGAUUCCACCUGAUAAUUGUCAAAGACCCUGAUCUUAAACAGGAACUUAACAUACCUGAUGGCUUCGAUGUCGACGUCUACACGAAGUCCGACAUAGACCGGGUUGUUGGUUCCUCUUCAAUUUCAUUUUCUGGCUACUCAUGCCGUUAUUUUGGUUUCCUUGUCUCGAGAAAGAAGUACGUUGUAUCCAUUGAUGACGACUGUCUACCAGCUCAGGAUAGUACUGGUGAUUUUGUGGAUGCUGUGGCACAGCACAUAGUCAAUCUUACCAACCCGGCCACUCCUUUCUUCUUUAACACACUCUACGAUCCUUACCGCAAGGGUGCCGACUUCGUGCGUGGCUAUCCAUUCAGCUUGCGGACCGGGGUAGCUUGUGCUUUAUCAUGUGGACUUUGGCUCAAUCUGGCAGACUAUGAUGCCCCCACACAAGCUCUUAAACCAGGGGAGCGAAAUGCUCGAUAUGUGGAUGCUGUUUUGACCAUUCCAACAGGGACUCUUAUGCCAGUGAGUGGAAUAAACAUAGCCUUUGAUCGCGAGGCAGUAGGUCCAGCCUUGUUCCCUGCGCUGAGGCUGGCUGCUGAAGGGAAAUUUAGAUGGGAAACCAUAGAGGACAUAUGGAGUGGAAUGUGUGUUAAGGUGGCGUGCGAUCACUUGUCUUUGGGCGUGAAAAGUGGGCUGCCUUACGUUUGGAGGAAGGAUAGAGGAGAUGCUGUAGAGAGUCUGAAGAAAGAGUGGCAAGGCGUAAAGCUAAUGGAACAUGUGGUGCCUUUCUUUCAGUCGGUGAGACUUCCCCGAACUGCAACUACGGCUGAGGAUUGUGUGGUGGAAAUGGCAGGGGCCAUAAAGCAGCAGCUUGGAGCAACAGAUCCUGUGUUUGCCCGUGCUGCUGAAGCCAUGGUCGAAUGGAUCAGGAUUUGGAAGGCUGUUGGGUCAGGCUCCCCUGGAAAGUAGAAGUCCAUAGGGUGAUGGCUAUAUUUGCUCAUAAUUUUUUUCUGUUCACUUGAAUACAUCUCGAAAACUUUAUGGUCCAUUCUAACUUGUUACCCCAUGCAUCCGGAAUAAAUUAUGUUUGUUUUUGUGACUCUGGAGUUUCAUCAGUGGACUUGACAUACUGUUUCUGAUUUGAUGGUCUAAUGUUGUCAAUGACCACAAUGAUUGAUGCUA